GAACGAGCCUGCCGUCCAGGGUAAUAUUCGUGCGGCAACCGCGAAAAUUCACCACUAAUCACACCUUUUUCUCUCAAAAUGGAAGGCAUGGACGCCAAAUUAGAAGAAAAUGAAACUCUUAAGGAACUAAUGGCUGAGAGGGACUGUUUAGAUGCGUCAUUUGUACAUGCCACACGACUUUUAACAGAAGAAAUCACGCGAGUGGAGAAUGGAGGAGAAAGAAAAGAGAAUGCUGCAGAUGGUGGAGGAGAUAAACCCAAAACUAAUCCAAAAUUGAUCGACGUCAGCUCAUCGGCGCCGAUUAGACUGCGUGUCAAGAUUCUAAUUCCUGUUAAAGAGCAUCCGAAGUUUAAUUUUGUAGGUAAAUUGCUUGGGCCGAGAGGGAAUUCAUUGAAGAGACUGCAGGAGAUAACGGGUACAAAGAUAGCAAUCUUAGGUAAAGGCUCCAUGAGAGACAAACAGAAGGAAGACAAACUGAGAGAAGAAAGCAACCAAAAAUAUGCACAUCUCACCGACGAUCUUCAUGUCCAGAUCGAACUUGUAGGGUCACCCACGGAGGCCUACCAUAGAUUAGCACACAGCAUUGCAGAAGUACAGAAAUACCUUGUUCCAGAUCCCAACGACACCAUACGCCAAGAGCAGCUGAGAGAACUUGCCGUCAUCAGUGGUUCCUUCACCGGUCCCCCUCCCAAUGCCCCCGGUCCCAGGGGUGGACCAAGGGGUGGUGGUGGUGUUAGACCCUCAGGCAUGGGUCGAGUGGGAUGGGGUGGUGGCCCCCCACCCAUGAGGGGGAUGGGACAUCAUCCACAUGCCGUCAGACCCACAGGACACAUGCCCAGUCCAGCCAGGAUGGGUAGCCCACCAGGGCGUGGCAUGUCUAGAGGUGGCGGCAUGACCCAGAGGGGGUCACUAUCAAGUGGCAGCUCCAGAGGGAUGUCAAGAGCAGGGUACAGGGGCGGGGCAGGCGGGCCCCGGAUGAGUGCACCCUCAUAUGGAUCACAUUCACAACAAAUGGAAGGUGCUGAUGACUAUUAUGAAAGAGGCUAUGACCAAUCACACUACCAAGGGUAUGAGGAAUCAAAUACCGGCGGAGCAUCAGGCUUUCAAGAAUUCGGCGCCGGCGAAGGGUUUACAGAACAUAGCUAUGGAGGGGCUACAGAGACUGAGUCGACGUGGCCAAGCGAGGGCGCACAAACGCGACUGAAGUACCCAUCAGCUAUGCACCAAAAAGAGACAUUACGCACACACCCAUACAACCGGUACUAAACUUCCUGAUUACUCUCUCAAACAAAAUUACUACCGGAAAAGUAUGCAACUUGUGUAUUGACCCGAAUUUGUGGGGUCGUGUUGGAAAGGAAUGUUGUACGGUCACUCAGCGUACAAAUGGCCAAGGGUCCACCCAGACUUUGGAGUCGGCAAGCAACGUGACAUACAUCACAUUUUCUGACCUCCACGAGACGCUCGAAAGGAUAUGAACUUUGACCCUGGAGAUGGACAAGGUCAAGAGGUCAGAUUUGGGGGAUGAUGAGAUGUGUAAGAAUAUCAGUAUUUUAUGAAGCUCUUACCAGAUGUAACACUUGCCACAUUGGAAUGCAUGUACCUGUUCCCUUUUAGUUUCACCUUGUUCAUCACAGUCCUCCCUCCUGUUUUAUACCUAUUUGUUUCUCUAUUUAUUUUCUCUUUUUGUGUCUUUUUUGUCCACAUUGAAUAUUAUAUGAUGUUCUUGUCCAGUGCCUGUGUUUGGAGGAAAAAAACGCAAAACUAUUUUGUAGUCCCAAGUCUUGUUUGAUUGUUAAAAACAAACAAAGAGAGAGAGAGAGAAAAAA